GAAGUAGCCUGGUGCUGGUUAUUAGCGAACAACAUGGCGGCCAGUUUGAUAACUCAAGGCCGCAUGAUGUUGGGUCGCGGUAGAUGGCGAGCCUUAGGAUCUGCGAGUACCCAUAUUAUCAAUGCACAGAGUAGAGUUGGGGAAUUUGCAUUCAAGAGAUUUUUAAGCUCGCAGACAGCUUUUUCUGGACUGAAAUCACGUGGUUGUUUUGGUGUUAUUGUUGCUUCACAUCGUCCCCCUGAAAGGUCAGCACUUUUGGAGAAAGAGUUGCGUGGCUCACAGAUUAGCAAAAGACUGGCGUCGACCUCGAAAAAGAAGAAAGAAGCCAGUGAAUCUGGAGACUUAAUGGAGGCUCAAGAACAGCCUGAGAGUCAACUGACUGUAGGCGCUAAAGUUGUCCAAGCUGGUAAAGAUGUCACCUAUCUUGGUAUCAUUAUUGUUGGGUUUGCUGUAACAGGGGCCCUACUAUGGUACGUCUUCAGUGAGUUGUUCCUUGGGUUUAGUCCAAAUAGAGUCUACUCUGAUGCAUUGAAAAAAGUGUUAGCAAACUCUGAGGUUGUUGAAGAGCUAGGUGAGCCAAUUAUGGGCCAUGGAGAGGAGACUCGCAGAGGUCGCAGACGGCACGUCAGCUUUCAGGAAUAUGUUGUUGAUGGCGAGGACUACAUGCGAAUUAAAUUCUACGCAAAAGGGAGUAAACGCAAGGGGACUGUGCAUGUGGAUGUGAAAAAGGGCUCAAGAGGAAGUUUCAUCUAUCGCUUUAUCUUUGUGGAGAUACCAGACUACCCAUCAAGAACAAUCAUCAUACUGGACAACCGAUAAGUAGAGAUACCCAUAGAGAUAGGUGAUAAGAAGUAGGGCACUCCUGUAAUAUAGUAAUAAGAGUUGUUAAUAGUGGCCAAGCCUUUGAAGUGAAUAUAGGAUAUAGGGCUAAUAAGUGGUAGAAAUAUGUCCCUGCUCUUUUGAUGAUCUUCCUUUUAUCAGCAAGGCUGGACACAUGGUGGUAAUCUUCCUCAAACAAUGAAAUUGAAGGGAUGUCAUUGCCUAUCCUUUUCAGUUUACUAAAUCUCUGAACUGUUAAGCUGUUCCCUAUAUCAAGCACAAUUUUAUGACAUCUCUAAUAUUGAUGAUUACUACCGAGGGGGGACUCUGACAAAACAGACAGGGGUGAUCGUUGGCAAAAUCAGUUUAAACCCUAAGGGAAGGCACUUUAGGUGUGGUCAACAGCAAUUCUUACAUCUCAGAGAUGGCAAAUUGGGUGUGGUCAAGGGAAUUUUCUGAGUUUUAUUGCGGUCCUUGAGACAUCGCUAUGGAGCACAUCUCUCUUCCGUUCUUAUUGGCAAAUGGACACCUUAUAUUGUUACCAACAAUAAAGUGGAAAGUAUUAACCAA